AUGUUUGGCCUGUGGUUCUUUUUUAAUUUUGCCCCUUCUACCCGAACAAAAUAUCACGACCAAAACCAGAUCCCAGUGAUUUUCGAGGGCGACUUCUGGGCGGAGGAGGCGGUGCGUCUGGCGCGAGCGGUGGAACGGAGGGAUGAUGGUCAGGACGAGACACAGUCCCCGCUAGAACUCUGCAGGCAAGCGCUGGAGGAGCUGAUUCGGCACCAGCACGGAGCCCCGUUCACGGCACCCGUGGACCCGACGAGAGACCGGUGCCCGGACUACCUCAUGGUGAUAGAGCAGCCCAUGGACCUAGGGACGGUGGCGGAGACGCUGGACGCGAUGAAGUAUCACGAUGCCGGCGCGUUCGUGUCGGACGUCCGGCUGAUCUUCGACAACGCUCGCAAGUACAACCCGCCCAAGCAUCCCAUCCACGUGGCCGCCUCCAAGCUUGCCAAGACGUGGGCCGCGCACUCCGCGCGCACCACCCGUGCCGUCGGCACCUUGCCGCCGAUGAGCGAGAGCAGCCCGGUCGAGGUAGGGAUGCCGGCCACCGUCCCUUCUUGCCGCGGCCUUUCAGGCGGGGCCACCUGCGGCGGGGGCGGCGGCGGGGGGUCGACGGACAAGAGCUCUGCCACGGACGCUCCCCCCCACUCGAACGGCGGGGAGAGGCUGAGCCGGUCCGGGUCGACCGCGGUCAUGUCGGUGUCCGAGUUCUACGGGCCGAGCGGGGCGCGCAUGCUCCAGAGGAGAAGCUCGACCGCCUCCCAGCUGUCCCUGGCCGAUAGCUACGGGGAAGGGGAGACCCUGGAGAGCGCAAGCGCCACGAGGGAGAACAGGGAGGGACAGGCGGCGCUGACGAGUCUGAUCUCCGAGCCCCUGUCGCAGCAACACGUGGCCGGGAGCAACGGCGGUGUGGCUCAAGCGCAGCCAGCACCGGCGGCGGCAGCGGCGGCGCGACAACAGCCGUCUCCCCCGACGGCGGCGAAGGCUGCCGCCGGCGGGAGCGCGCGACCGGCCUCCUCCAUGUCGUUGCCGUGGAUAACAGCUCCUGGCGCUACUGCCACGGCCGCUACCGCGCGCCCGCUCACAGAGGAGCGUAUGCCGGAGGACCAGCAGCAGAACCAGCGGGCGGGGCUCAUCCGCGCGAUGAGCGUCGACUCCGCUCCGUCGCCGGCUAGACCCCACGCCCGGAGCUUGAGCUUCACCGGGAGCGGGGGGGGGGCGUCCGAUGGGCUCGGAGGCGGAUUGGGACAGGCUUCCUCUGGUUCGGAGGCGUUCGGGAUAAAAAUGAACAACAAGUCGGGCGGAAACGGCAGCAGCUCGGGGCGGUCGACGGUCGGAGGCGGCAGCGGCGGGGGCGGGGGCGGGGACGGGGGUCCCACGGUGCACAGCCCUCGGCUUCGGGCGAAGAGCAUGGACUCCGGGGGAAGGAAGGGCAAGAGCAAGAGGGGGAAGGGCCCCGGGACCGCGGUGAUGGGCAAGGCGGAUAGGAUCGGACGAAUGCUCCAGUCUCUGUCUAGGGCAGUGACGCGGAUCAGCAAGGACCUCCUGGUGGUUACCCUUGGGAAACCGGACCAGCCGGCCAAGCCGCCUCCCGCGCGCGCGGGGUCGGGCAUGACGAAGGAGGCGAUGCUUGCGGAGCUAGAGGCCUGGCACGCCUCCUCCGGCAUCGAGGGGACCCUCACGCCGGACUGCCACGACCCGGACCCGCCCAUAUCGAGGGCGCUGGUCGACGCGCGACACACAUUCUUGGAAAUGUGCCAGUUCCGACACUACCAGUUUGACACCCUCCGAAGGGCGAAGCACUCGUCGGCGAUGGUGCUGUACCACCUGCACCGCCCGGAGAGUCGCAGCCUCAACCCCUUCUGUUCACGCUGCCGGCGGCCCGUUCGCUUCGUGCGGUACCACUGCGGCGUUUGCAACUACGACCUGUGCGCGGAGUGCGACGAGGAGGUUGGCACCAAGUGCGAAGACGGCCACCCGCUCACGCCGUACCGAGUCACCUUCUCCACCGAAGACGCGGAGGAAUCCCCGGCCCCCGGCACCACGCCGGCGACGGGCGGCACCAGCCUGUCCCCCCGGCGGUCUCCCGUCCGAGAGCGGGGGGGAGGCAGGUGCGCACGGCACGUCAGCCCCGCCGUCGGAGGUAGCGCGGCGGCGACUGCCGCCGUUGGCGGCGCGACCGCGGCGACGACGACGACAAAACCGGCAGCAGCAGCGGUGCUGACACCGGCGGCGGCGCCAAGCGUCCUCCCGGCAGACGACGGCGGCAACGAGGCCGGGCUGAACCACCUGCUAUCUCCGCCGCCGCCGCCGCCGCCUCCGCCGACCCGAGGCUUACGAGCCGUGGCCGGCGGCGGCGGCGGCGGCGGUGGUGGCGAGGUAAGUCACGGCGACGCAACGGCAACGGCGGUGACGCGCCCGGACGGGAGCAACGCCGCCGCUGCCGCAGGCGGUAGCAGCAGGGUUCUAUCGAGCGCGGAGGCCUCCGCUGCAACGGCGGCGGCGCAUGCAGGUGGAGGUGUACCAGAACCCGGUGGAGGUGUACCGGAACCGGGCGGAAGGGUAGAGGAAACGGGAGUUGCGGUGGCGCAGGGGGUAGGUCCGGCAGCUCCUUCCGUGGUUGACGUUGGUGGCGUGGAGGGAGAGGGAGGCCAAGCCGGGCAAAAGGAGGCUCCUGCAACGGCAGCAGACGGCGGCAGUUGA